AUGUCAGUAAAAAGAGAAGGGGGUCUAUUCAGACUGUACUUCAGAAAGAAUAGAGGUUAACUCUCAGAUUCAGCCUAAACUCAAAAUUAAUAUAAUGAUCUUGGCAUGGAUUAGGGAAUUUCGGCUCCCAUAGAAUAUGAUCCAACAGUUCAAAAGCUACCUUUUGCAGAUUUAGUUUAAAUGAUGCCCUGUAUGACUGAAAUAAAGAAGAAGCUAGAGUAAAAGAGAGCACUUAACUAACAGAAAGUACCACCCAGAUAGUAAUCUUAAAGAGGAAAAAGAAGAAAAUCAUAGAGUAGUAGUACUUUUAGUCAGUCGAACGUCUUGACAGGGCUUGAAGAUGAUGAAAUUGAUAUUGAACUUAAUAGAAUCUAGCAGGAAAUUCUGGAAGAUGCUAGAUUUAACCCUGUUCUGCAAUCUUAAAGAAUAAGGGAGGCAAAAUAAGCUUCGGAACCAUUGAACUCACUAUCCCACUACGAAAGAAUGCUCAAAGGAGAUAAGGUGCUUCUUACUCAUGAGGAUGAAUUGAUUGAAAUUAACAAGAAUUUCUUAUUUGAUGAAGUCUGGGAAGAUGACAGUGAGGAUGACUCAAUUUCUGAUGACAAAGUAGAGCAAGCUAGUGAUGAUGAAGAAAUUACAAUGAACAACAAAAAGAAGAAAAAGAAUAGAGAUGAAGAUGUUAAAGAGGAGGACUUUGAGGGUAUGAGCUCAGAUGAUGAUGUUAAUAUGGAUGACUUGGAGAAUGAAUCGCUCUCAGCUGAUAAAAAUGCCAGGAAACUCAAUAAAUCUAAGAAAACUCGCAACAAUGCUCAAGAUGCUGAUCUUGGGGAUGAGAACGAGGAUCCUGAUACUAUAUUCAUAGAUAAUUUGCCAAGUGAUGAGUUUGAAAUAAGAAGGUAGCUGUAAGAUGUUAAAAGGUACAUUAAAUAGUUUGAGAUAAGAUUCUUUGAGGAGGAAGAUUCUGAGAAAGAAGAGGAGCUCAAAAAAAUUACUGAUAUUGGCAAGCAUGAAGAAGCACUUCAGGUUUUUAAGGAUUUUUGCCAUUUAAAGCAUUUCUGGUGCAUGCCUUUAUCCUCUGAUGUAAGAAAUAUUGACUUCGAAAUGCUGAUUGCUUAGCAAAGACUAAACAGUGGUGGAAGCUUAUUCGAUGUUAUCACUUGUGAUCCACCUUGGUAACUUUCAAGUGCUAAUCCAACAAGAGGAGUUGCAAUUGCUUACGAUACAUUAACAGAUGGAGAGAUAUUAAAUAUACCUUGGGCUAGAUUGCAGGAUAGUGGCUUUAUCUUCAUUUGGGUUAUUAAUGCUAAGCUUAGAUUCGCUCUUCAAUUAAUGGAAGAGUGCGGCUACAGAUUGAUUGAUGAAAUUGCUUGGGUAAAACAAACAUGUAAUGGCAAAAUUGCAAGAGGUCAUGGUUAUUAUCUUUAGCAUGCAAAGGAGACUUGCCUCGUUGGAGUGAAAGGGAAUAUGAGAGGGCGCUGCAAAUUUAAUUUGGAAAGUGAUGUGAUAUUCAGUGAGCGAAGAGGUUAAUCGCAAAAGCCAGAGGAGAUAUAUGAAAUAGUCGAGGCUCUUGUUCCUAAUGGCUAUUAUUUAGAGAUAUUUGGACGUAGAAAUAAUCUGCAUGAUGGAUGGGUGACAUUGGGAAAUGAGCUUUGA